AUGGCAGCCAGCACCACUGAGGGCUCUGAGAUGAAGGGGGUCACUGAGGGUCCCCAGACCCAGGGAGAUGGGCAUAGCCAUCCUGAAGCUGAAACUGGCCCUCCUCCUCGGGGCCCACCUGGGGUCUCAGAUGAGCCAGAGGCCAAGCAGCCAGAUUCAGACACCAGUGGGGUCCCUUUAGACUCAGGGUCCAAGGCUGAGCUGGCUUCGGGAACCACAGAGACCCCAGCUGGAGCCCCUAAAACUGCUCAGGCCACAGACCUGAGUCCAAGCCCAGGAGGGAAAUUAAAGACCAGCUCCAGCCAGGAAGAAGCAAGUAAAGACCCAGCAUCCAAAUCCGGGGUGCGCACAGAGGCCACCGCAGGACAGGGAGCUUCUGAGCCGGAAUCUGGAGCCCCGCCUUUGCCAGCUUCAGAGCCUACUCCCCACCAACACUCCAAAUCAGACCCUCAGCCAGAUUCCCAGGACACUCCUAAACCAGACCACCCUCCAGAACCUCCUACGCAGGUGGACCCCAACCCUGAGGCCCUCACAGAAAGUCUAGGAGAAAAGCAGGAGAAUGGGGCUGUGGUCCCCCUUCAAGCUGGUGAUGGGGAAGAGGGCCCUGCCCCUCAGCCUCACUCACCACCCUCAACCAAAACCCCCCCAGCCAACGGGGCUCCCCCCAGAGUGCUGCAGCAGCUGGUUGAGGAGGAUAGAUUAGGAAGGGUUCACAGUGGGCAUCCGGGGUCACCUCGAGGGAGCCUGAGCCGCCACCCCAGCUCCCAGCUGGCCGGGCCUGGGGUGGAGGGAGGUGAAGGUGCUCAGAAACCACGAGACUACAUCAUCCUCGCCAUCCUGUCCUGCUUCUGCCCCAUGUGGCCUGUCAAUAUCGUGGCCUUCGCUUAUGCCGUCAUGUCCCGGAACAGCCUGCAACAGGGGGACGUGGAUGGGGCCCAGCGUUUGGGCCGAGUAGCCAAGCUCUUAAGCAUCGUGGCGCUGGUAGGGGGGGUCCUCAUCAUCAUCGCCUCCUGUGUCAUCAACCUGGGCGGUGAGUGGGGCUCAGGGACGCUGGGAGGAGUGGAAGGGUUGGCAAGGGAAGUUUUACUAACCCCUGCCCCUGCUCUCUCCUGUCUGUCUCCUAUUUCUCCUUUGUCUCUCCUUGUCUCUCCCCACCCUCCCACCUUUCCUGUCUGUCCCUCCCUCUCCUCUCCCACAGUGUAUAAGUGA